CAGAAAUCUGUAGGUUUACAGCAAAAAAUGUCACAGUCAGCUGUUAAAUAUACUCAAGCUGCUGUGUAUGUGAAUAACACAGACGAGGCAUGUCUCUGCAGCAUGGGUGUAGAUAAGAUGGAGAGCCCUGAAGGCCUCUGGCUGCUCAUUAAUUUGCAGCCCAGCGCGUCCUCGGAUGUUGCGCCUCUGCUCAUCUCUGCCUCCACUGCGCAGCCGCAAUUUCUCCGGGACGUAGAAAGCUGAGCUGGGAGACAGAAAAAAUGGCCAUCGAUAAUUUGAUUUUCGCACAGUGCAUCCUUUAUUUUUUAGCCUUUGUGUUCGGGUUCAUUGCCGUAGUGCCUCUUUCUGAAAACACGGAGGAUUUCGGGGGAAAAUGUCUGCUCUUCACGCGGGGUAUGUGGCAAAAUGAGAAUAUCACUGUGUCGAAGCAGCGCUUCAUCGUAGAGGAGUGGGGACCCGAGUCUUCCUGCAGCUUCAUCACUUUUGUCGGGAUAGCGUCCCUCAUCCUAUCCGCAGUGCAGGCAUGGAGGCUGCUCUUCUUUCUGUGUAAAGGACACGACGACUCCAUUUUUAAUGCCUUCCUCAACCUGCUGAUCAGCUCCCUGGUGGUGUUCACAGUCUUCUUGUCCAGCACCAUUGUCAGUGUUGGAUUUAACCUGUGGUGUGAUGCCAUCACUGAAGGGGGAACGAUGCCUAGCAGCUGCGAGGACCUGCAGGAUACGGAUUUAGAACUUGGGCUGGACAACUCUGCUUUUUAUGACCAGUUUGCAAUAGCUCAGUUUGGCCUGUGGGCUGCAUGGCUCACCUGGCUUGGAAUCGCAGUGAUUGCCUUCCUGAAGGUCUACCACAACUACAGACAAGAGGACCUGCUGGACACUCUGAUUCAUGAGAAGGAACUGCUGCUUGGCCGCUCCUCACUCCGCGACUCUGACCUCAAGACUGGCCUGAUCUAAAAACUGCAUAGGCUGCACAUAUACACACUUAACCUUAUAGUCCUCUUGCCUGCCAUGAGAAACACCAAUGUUUGCCUGUAUAGACAAUCAUAAUCAAUUGGCUUUUAUUUCCAGUGAACAUGGAUUGAAUUAAAUGGAGGAUUUCAACUCCAGGUGUUAAAUAUAUUUGUUCAAAAAAUCUACUUAUCUACUUUAUCUUUGAAAAUUAAAUUCAUUCAUUGUGUGCAUCUCAUCAGACACACAGCCCCCCUCCCCACAAAUGUUUGAUGGUAUGAAAACCAUUUCAGUCCAAACAUACACCUACAGUUAUUAACUCAUGCAUUUGUAGUAUUUAGAGACAGCAUUAAAGAUUUGGACAGUUUUGCCAAUGAAUCAAGUCUUUGUAAAACUUCUGCAUGGACCUUAAUGCAUGACAUAUGAAUAGGGUGGUUUUUAGAUGUAAAAGGAUGUUCUUUUUUUUUUUCUACAUCAAUAAAUGUAUUCCUAGGCUUCUCUUCUGAUAA